GAAAAGUCACAAACCAUUGAAAAGAGCCCCUAAAGUACCUUAGGCAGCACUCUACCUCUCUUCUAACCAUCACCCCUAGAGUGUGCACCUAACAGAUUUCUGAUUAGUAUAAUUUAGGUCACACUAGAGGACAGGGAAGUGAUGAAUUUAUCUUAACAAAGUAUUGUAUUCACUCCAAAAGAAAUCUGCCAAAAUAAAUAAACUCACAAACAUAUAAAUCAGUAAUUUUUUUUUCUUUAAAUCCACUUUUUUUUUUUUCCUUAGAGAAAUAAAUGGCUUAUAUAAAGGACAAUGUGUAUAUGGUAUAUAUGUUUAAGGCCUGCUUCAAGGUUGCUCUCAAGCUGAGCCAGAACUAUCACGAGAAGAGCGAAAGGGUACCCAGGACACAGAAGUUAAGGCGUCAGUUACUCUUAGGGUGCUGGCAGGGUCAGCCCCUGAGAGUGAGUGUCUCUUUAAAUUUGCGUCACAGAGGCCUGUGACCUCACCCCAGUCCAGGCCCUGCGAUUGGUCAGGCCAUCGAAGCCUCGCCCCUGCACGUCAAACACUGGUUCCUUAGGUAACCGCUGCCUACCAUGACUACCACCCGGAAAUAAUCGCCUGCGCCGCCACCUUCGCUGCAGAGGGCGACGGGGAAGAGGCCGCAGACCUGCCUUCUCAACCGUAUGUAGGCGAGAAGCCAGUGCUGAUACUCCCACUAUCCCGCAAUGUCCCACCGGGCCCCAGAGUGGAAGAGGGCGGAGCCUAAUUCAAGAGAUCUUGGGGCCAGCUGGGAUGGCAGAGGCGGGAGAGGCGGGGGCUGGUGCGGCCCCUCCGGCCAUCAGGGACCUAGAGCAGCUGGCUCCGGUGAACCACCACUGAGCUUUAAGAUAAAGAACGAUAUGGUUGGUGCGGUAAUUGGUCGCGGUGGAUCCAAAAUAAAAGCCCUAGAACAGUCAACAAACACUUUAAUACACAUCGUAAAGGGGGCAUCUGAAGCUGAAGUAAAGAUUUUUGGUAACAAGGAAAUGAAAGCAAACGCCAAAGCAGCCAUAGAGACUCUUAUUAGAAAACAAGAAAGCUCCACCUCAGAAUCCAGCGUUACUAAUGCUGCAUCCCAACCCCCUGUUGGAAGAAAUGUACGCAGAAAUGACAGUGUUAGAGAAGCGCGGCCAUCGUUAGAUUGGGAUCGAAUUAGGGCAGGCGGCCUGGAGAGGAAAAAGAGCAAAUGGGCAGAUCUACCACCAAUUAAGAAAAACUUUUACAUAGAAUCCAAAGCAACAAGCUCCAUGUCUGAAAUGCAGGUGAUUAACUGGAGAAAGGAAAAUUGCGAUGUAACAUGUGAUGACUUGAAAAGUGGUGAAAAGCGUCUCAUCCCCAAACCCGCUUGUACGUUUGAAGAUGCUUUUCGGCAAUACCCUGAUCUUUUGAAAAGCAUAACAAGGGCAGGAUUUAGAAAGCCAACACCAGUUCAAUCCCAAGCAUGGCCAAUUAUUCUACAAGGAAUCGAUCUUAUAGGAGUUGCACAAACUGGAACAGGGAAAACGUUGUCCUAUUUAAUGCCUGGGUUUAUUCAUCUUGAUUCUCAACCAAUAUCUAGAGAGCAAAGGAAUGGUCCUGGGAUGCUGGUUCUUACACCCACUAGAGAGUUGGCUCUUCAGGUGGAAGCUGAAUGUUCAAAGUACUCAUAUAAAGGUCUUAAAAGCAUCUGCGUAUAUGGUGGUCGAAACAGACGAGAGCAAAUAGAAGACAUUAGCAAAGGUGUGGAUAUCAUUGUCGCCACUCCUGGGAGGCUGAAUGACCUACAGAUGAAUAACUGUGUCAACCUAAGAAGCAUAACCUACUUAGUUAUGGAUGAGGCGGAUAAAAUGCUCGAUAUGGGAUUUGAACCCCAGAUAAUGAAGAUUUUACUGGAUGUGCGCCCAGACCGGCAGACUGUCAUGACAAGCGCAACCUGGCCAGAUACCGUUCACCGACUGGCACGUUCUUAUUUGAAAGAUCCUAUGAUGGUUUAUGUUGGUACUCUGAAUCUCACUACCACAAAUGCAGUGAAGCAAAAUAUAAUUGUUACCACAGAAAAAGAAAAACGAGCUUUUAUCCAAGAAUUCAUAGAGAACCUGACGCCAAAAGACAAAGUCAUCAUGUUUGUCAGCCAAAAAUAUACUGCUGAUGACUUAUCAAGCGACUUCAACAUCCUAGGCGUAUCUGCAGAAGCACUGCAUGGCAACAGAGAACAGAGUGACCGAGAACGAGCAUUAGAGGACUUUAAAAGUGGAAACAUAAAGGUACUGAUUGCAACUGAUUUAAUAGCCAGAGGCCUUGAUAUUAAUGAUGUCACACAUGUAUAUAAUUACGAUUUCCCACGGAACAUAGAAGAAUACAUCCACAGAGUAGGGCGCACUGGACGGGCAGGAAAGACGGGCACAUCAGUUACCCUCAUCACUCAGAGAGAUUCGAAAAUGGCUAGUGAAUUGAUUAAAAUUCUGGAAAGGGCAAAUCAGAGUGUUCCAGAAGAUCUGGUACUAAUGGCUGAGCAGUACAAGUUAAAUCAACAAAAGAGGGACACAGAGAAACAAUCAAGAAAACCUGGACAAAGACGCAAGGAGUUUUACUGAUGUUUAAGUUGAAAAGUUGUACCAGGCUACUAGAAGGUUCCAGGCAUGUUAAUGUUAUGCAGUAUUGAAUAUACAUAAGGAAGUAUUGGAAACAUACCGACCAUUUGAAGAGACAACUAAUUCUUAAAUAAUACUGCUAAACUUUCAA